AUGUCUCCUCUCCAAUCUGCAGCUCUCCAGCAGCCCCAAGGGCUCUCAGGUUACUCGUCUCCCUCAGUCGAGCCCCCCAACCCUGCAGAAGUACGCGAGACAGGGGCCCCUCCUCACCUUCCACGACCUUCCGUGGACUCCCCCCCAGAGAUGGUUCUCCCACUAGUACCACCGGCAAUACCCCCUGUAGUCCCACAAGAGAGUGAAAACCUUCAGCAAAACCAGCAGCAAAAGCAGAAACAGCUGCAAGUGCAGCAGCAGCAGCAGCAGCAGCAGCGCCAGCAACAAGACUGCCCGCUACCGCAGGAAGCCACUGCAAACGACAAGCAACAAACACACAACGAAAUCCAACCACCAAAUUCUUCACACCCUCAACAAGUGCAGGAGAAACAGCAGAAUGCGCUAGAAAAGCCUCCACAGAGCCAGCAGCACCAUCAGCAAAAGGAACACCAGGGGGAACAGGAGUACCAGGAGCACCACCACCACCAGCAGGACGGACUUGAGUCUCAGCAGCAGCUGCUGCUGCUCCGGGAGGUAGGAAAUGGGUCUGUUCAGCACACGCCGCACUACAGAAAUGUCUCUCAGCAGCAAGAGGUGCGUGAGCAGCAGACGCAAACUCGCGAGAUACAUAGGCCCAACGAAGCACCUAUGCAGCAGCAACAGCGGUGGCAACAAAGAGGACAGGGGCAGCCAGCGCUGAUGGUGUUUCUCACGGAGCAGCAGCAGGGGUUUCCAGUUCAGCAACAGGGCACGCAGGGGCUGCAGCAGCUGCAUACGCCAGAAGAACAGCACCAGAGCGAGAAGCCCGCAGGGGACCAAGUAGAGUUGCUGCUGGAAGCAGCAGAACAACAGAGAAGCGAGCUAAGGCAGCUGGUACAGCAAAACGAGUCAUGCUCCAUUGGGCAUUAUGAGCAGCAGCACAGUCAGGACCAGCAGCAACAGCAUGAGCAGCAGCAACAGCCUGAGCAACAGCAACAGCACCAAAAGCAACAGCAUCAACAAAAGCAGCCGCAACAGCAGCAACAGCUGCGACAGCAGGAUUUGAAUGAACAGCAAUACGAACCCCCUUCAGGGGUGGAUGGUGGCCAGCCAGCUGCGGAUGAAGGAAGAGUACCUUGUUAUGGGUCUCCUGAGUCUCAUUCCACCCUAAGCCGCGAGAUAUCCCUCUCCGAGUCAGAGUCCAGCGAUCCAUCUACUACCCGUUCCCCGAUACCAGAACCAAACGCGCAACAACCCCAACGGCCUACAUAUGCCACAGGAGAUUCCAGCUCCACCACUGCAGAAGCAGUAGCAGCAGCAGCACGAGAGGGAAUUUCUGUCCUGCAUAACCAGCUGUCUUCCUCCAUCCAAGAGGCUCUGGCCCGCCAGGCUGCCGAAGCAACAAAUUCACAAGAAGCACAAAAACCGCUGCUGGAGCAGCGGCAGCAGCAGCAACAGCAGCUUCGGGUGCAACGGCAUGCUGAACUGCAUCAGCAGCCACAGCAGCAGGUACCGCAGCAUCAGCGGCAGCCAAACAACCGCAUCCCCAUUGCCGAGCCCCUGUCGCAUACUGUGGAGACUAGGGAGACUGCUGAACCAUGCCACCUAAUGGAUAUUCUUUGGCGGCAGCGGCAUCAACAACAGAAGCAGACGCGAUUGGUGGGCGCAGCAGGAACACCAGCUGCUGCUGUUGCUGUUGUUGCAACACCAAGAGCACGGGGGCAGCCUGCUGCACAUUCGGCUUCUGUAUUUGCGAUGCGAUCCCCACCACCUGUGCAGGAGGAGUCACCAGCAGCUGUUGUGCAGCAACAGCCCCACAGCGCCAGCAGCAGCUGCACGGUUGCACUGGGGGGCCCUUCAGUAGAGGGGAAGUUACAGGGGCCUCCAGCACCUUCAAGGGGCCUCUCUGGAGCAGCAAAGCAAACAGCAGGAAUACAAGCCUCCCUCCUUAGACCUGCUGCUGCACUACUUGCAGCUGCUGCUGCGGCACAUGCAGAGCCGCAUGGUCUAUCAGGCAAUAAGAAUAGCGCUGCUGAAGGAGCAAAGCACAAGUCUCUGCAACCUGCAGCAGCUCUACCAGCACCGUCUGCAGGCUCAGUGCCGAAGAAAUCCCAAACACGACCGGCAGCAACAGCAACAGUAGCAAGAGAAACGGGAACAACAACAAAAGCGGCUUCUGCGGUAGCAGCUCCCAAGGGAGCAACAAGAAGCUCAGCAACAGUGGCUACGGCAAAGGCACCAGCAAGAGCAACAGCAAAUGCAACAGAUUCGAUUUCAAGCGAGACGGCGGAGGGAGGUGACACUACAGUUUCUCCUCCCGUGGCAAUAGUUAACAAGGUUGCAGGCGCUGCAGCAGAAAGAAGUGCUAAUGCGCCUCCAAGAAAAUCUAGCAGCGGUUUUAUUGUCUUGCGUGGUGCAGCCGCUGCAACUUCUGAACCUCGUGCCCCGGUUGUUGCUGCAGCUGCUGAGUUGCUGCUGAGACAGGCGCCGAGACGGGCGGGGCGGGCAGGCCAGAGCGAAAUGCCUCCCGCCAAAAAGAGACGGCAACUGCUGGAGCAACACAGCGAGCAGCAGCUGCAGCCGCAGUUACACCGCUCCCAGAAACAAGAUCAGAAGGCAGCUGGCCUGUCAGGGAUAGACAAGCGGGCGAUCCCACAGCUUGCCCAACCUAGAAAGCUUGCACCCACAACAGGUCUCAGUGCAUGCAGCAGCAGAAGCAGUUGCUUUACUGACAGCAGUAGCAGCGACGGAACGGGAAGCUCUCGCAGCCGCCGCAGCAGCGACAGUUGCAGUGGCAUCCUCAGCGGGAGCAGUCGCAGCAUCAACAGCCCCAGCAGCAGAAGCGAAAACAGUAGCAACAGCCCAAGCAACAGCAACAGCAGCAGCCCGUGCAGGAGCGUCAAACAGAGAAAGACCACCGCAGUUAAGCUUUGGGGCAGGAGCAAUGGAGCAGGCUCUGUUUCCUCGCUGCGACGCCGAAUGCUAGGGAAGUUGUUAAGGAGGCGCACGUUGACUGUCUCUUCAAGUGCAAUCCGCAAAGUACCAUGCGGUAGGAACACUGCUAUCUCCGCUCCUGCCGGUGAGCGGUUCGCGGGUGCAAGAGCCCGGAGCUGCAGCACAGACGCAGCAGGAACUGCCACUGCUUCUGCCGCUGCUGCAGCAGCUCCACUUAAAGCAGGGGACUUCAAACACGCACGACAGGGACAACCAUCCGCGAGAAAGGAGCAGGUCCCCCAGAGUCCGCAGGGCCCUGAAUUAGGUGGAGGUGAAGAUGGUGCUGUUGCCGCAGCAGGGAAAGCUGUGCCGCUGCUGCAGCAGUUUGCUGGCAAAGGUCCCGGCCCCGCGGAGCUCCACUGGGUAGAUAGAUGCAGUAGUACGCGAAAUACCAGCAGCAGUAACAGCAAGGUAGCGCAUUCCGUUCCCUUUGCAGCAGCUGCACCUGCCAGUGUCUGUGCAAGAGAGCCCCGGCCUCCUUGCAGAGGAAGCAGCACGGCUGCGGCCAUGCCUCUGGCUCCCGUCAGCGUUCGCCCCGCCCAGCAGCAACCUUGCGGUGCCUCAUCUUCUGACGACUCUAGAGAUAAUGUACAAGAGCGCGGAUCGAACACUCACGGAGGCCACAGGGAGACUUUUCUAGAGGGGAGGCCUAACUCGUCUCAGCACCAGAUGCAGGAGAACAUGCACACAGUGCAUGCCGCAGGCAACGCAGGCCAAAGGGCCAGUGGGGCUUUCUUAGAGACCCGUCUUAAUGCUCCUGCAGCAGGACAGAUCCCCCCUAACCAGUGCGAACGGGGCGAUCUCGCGCAGGUCUCACCUGCAUUGGUGGAGGUUUCGGAGGGCCCGGUAAGGAGGCAGGGACGCCCUCAGAGACCCGAGCUCCCUUCAGUAGUCGCUGCAGCAGCACACGGGGACUCGCGAGCAGCCGGCAGCAGGUGGUCUUGCCUCCAUUUUGCCUCUCCUAGGGCAGAAGAGACUGCGUUGGUUAAGAAGGCCCCGCUGCAUCACCAGCCGCACGAAGAGCCAUCACAGUCUAGAGGCAACGAAGCGGAAGCUCCGCUGAUGCAGCACACUGAGCAGCAGCAGGUGGGAGUACAGCAGCAACAGCUGGUGCGGCUGCAGCCACUGCUGCAGCCCCUACUGCAACAGAAGAACAAAGCCCUUCAUCCGUCGCAGCCGCACCCACACCAGAGCCGCAUUGGACCUCCCCAGAACCACCAGUGUCCGCAGUGGCAGCAGGAAGAGCAGCUCCAGCAGCAGCCUCAGCAACGCCUGCAACGAGCGUCGUUGCAGCAGCAGGAAUACAGUCAACACCAGGAGCACCCAUCUCAGAAGUUGCAAGUGCCAGCGCAUCAGCUGCCUAGGCAGCAUCCGAUGCAGCACCAGAGGCAACAUCUACUGCUGCAGCAUGAGCAGCAGAUGCUGCAUAGGCAAGAGCACCGAGGUGGGUUCCCACAUCCAGGAUCGUGUUUCCAGGAUAUUUCGUCAAGGUCCGCGGCUUCUCCAGUUUCUCCAAUGUCUCGACUGUCUCCAAUGUCUGGAGCAUCACUGAAUCGUCGUUCUCCUUCCGCCUGGGUAAUGCGUCCGGCCGUAGGGAGCCGGUGUUCCCCCGUGUGUGGCGGUGCCUCUACAGCAGGCGGAAGCGAUGAGUGGCAGACACAGCCCCCCUGUAGCUCGAAAGGCCUUCGAACUUGCUGCGUUUCUCCUGCCUUCCCAAGAGAUCCUCUGGCGAGGCCUGCUUGGUUGCAGCAGCAGCGAAAGUCUCCACAUGCUGUUCCCUUGGGCCCUCAAGGGAAGGCAGAGUUGGUUCUAGCGCCCCAGAGCGGAGGUGCAGGUGUUGCAAUGCCUUGCCGUGCUGCAUCGAAGCCUGCCUCAGCAGAAACAGCUCAGGAGGCGGUAGUCUCAUUACUGAAGGCAGGAGGGCCCUCCAUCCCGCAGAACGCUCGAAGUAGACCCGAAUCGAUGCAUCUGCAGCAACUGCAGCAACUGCAGCAGCACCCGCAGCACCAACAGCAGCAUCUGGCAAGGCAGCGUCAGCUGCGGAGAGUGAAACAUCUGUUUGCCCUGCACACUCGUUUGCAUGACCUCCUAAGUCAUGCCGCUGUGGUGCUGCAGAGCCUCCGGGAUGUCUGCUGCUGCAGUCUCGAAACGUUGAGUGCACUGGAAGGCGCCUCGUGCUGCUCUCCCGGCGGGGGGGUGCCACGCACCAAAGACGCAGAAGACGUUAGCGAGGAAGCAGGAACACCUGCAAGAGCAACAGCAGCAGCAGGAGACGGGCUCUGCAGCAGCUGCAAUGUGCACUUGAAUCUUCCGCUGGAGAACAACGGAGCCGAAAACUGCGUCUGCCCUAGGACUGCUAGCCCUGUGGAUGUCUCACAGGCCGAGCAUGCGUGCGGUUCUGCGACCAAUAGGCAGCAGCAGCAGCAACAGCAACAACAUAACCACCACCAACACCAACACCACCAGCAAUCCCUGCCCUGUCAGCCCUCGCUGCACCAACGUUUUGUUGACACACACCUAGGAGAUCGUACGAGCGCUUCUAACCAACAUCAAACACUCCUGCAGCAGCAACUGCUUCCCCGGCUGCAGAGACAGGGCCAGCCACAGCCGCUGGCAGCGGUGCAGCAUCUGCAGAUGGGGAAGCAAUUCGUUCAGAAGCAGCAGCGCCAGCAUGCCCUGCAGCAGCACCAGCAGCUGCACCAGCAGCAACACGAGAUAUUGCCUGUCGCAGAUGGACCUGUGCAGCCGCAGCAACAGAUGACGAAGCACACUCCCCAGGAGGGCCCCUUGCAGCCUCCUGCUGCGCAUCACCACCACAUUAAAGGCGGGCAGAGUCUCCUCCUGCUGCAGCAGGUGCCUCUGCAGCAGCUGCAGUUGCAGCGGGCGCAGAAGCGGCAGCACCUGCUGUUGGAAGAGCAGCUAAGACGACCGUCCAUCCACCGGCCACCAUCCAGCCAACACCUCUUAGCGGAUGCACUGUUACUGCAGCAGAUGGCGGUGCAGAAGGCGCAGCUGCAAAGCUCUCCUGAAGAUUUAGAGCACCAGCAGGGCUCGCAGGAACACAAGGCUGGGAAACAGCCAAGCCUGCGUAUCCCUCUGCUGUAUUCCACCGAGCAGCCAUGGCUGCUGCAACUGCCACUGCAACAGCCACUGCAGCAGCCGGUGCAGAAGGCGCUGCAGCCCGAACCGAACCCAAAGAAGAAAUUCGGGCCACUGCAGCUUGGGAGAGAUACACAACAUGCCGAAUCAGCAAAGCAGCAGAGACAGCUGCUUCAGGAGCAAACAGACCAACCCACGCAGCGGCAGCUGCUGCAAUUCCCUCUAACUAGUGGCGUCCCGCACCCUCCACAGCAACAGCCACAGCCCUGGUCGAUUUUGCAGCAGCAGGCGCAGCAGAAGGCCCACCACGAGGCCCUGCAGCAGGUAGAUGCACCUAAUGCAGGCAACAAUAUCGCGCAACCGGGGGACUUUAUACGGGAGCAAAGACCCCGAACUGCUCAUUGCCACCAUUUCCUGCUGCAGACUGGGGCGGCUGAGGAGACAGGGGAAAAAAGUGCUACAGUAAGCCCGCAGAAGCCCCCUGCUGGGGACCCGCUUCGCAGCCCGACCACCCCCCUGACAACAGCGGAGAGCAGCUGUGGCAGCCACAACAGCACCAGUCGCACCAGCAGCAACAGCAUUACCAGCACCAACAGGAUAAAUCAAGAGACUGUCUCUCCCCCCUUAAGAGAGAGCGGGUCGGCUGCAGAGAGGCAGGCCGAAAUAAAAGACAGCUCAGGGUCUGUGAGCACUUGCGGGCCCUCCGUGCAGCCUUGUGGAGAGGAGACAUCUGGCAGCAGGAGACAGUGCUAUCUUGAUGCUAUGUACCGCCUGCCACUCAGGCCCAAGUGGUGGUAUACCCCGCUGGGCCUUUCUUCAGCAGACAGAUCCAUACAGUAA